UGAUAAUGAUAAUGUGGAGUAUCUGUUUAAACAAUGCAAAAGUCUCACAAGUCACAACUACUACAAAUUAUGGAAGGUUUCAGAAAUAGUGAAAUUAACCUAAAAAGAACAAAUUAUUUUGACACAAAAUGUCCUCAACCUCAUAGUGGGUUUACAUGUAAAUCCAGCACAAUUCCAAACCCACUUUCCACCCAACUUCACACAUACUCUAUCAGUCUGUCUAGCUCACCACAACACUCCUCUACUUUAUUCUCUCCCUCAGGACUCACCCCUCAUACCUCAUCCUUCAAGCCUCAAAACACUUUCAUUUCCCCAAUCCUUCACUUUCUCCUUUCACUCCCCACACAAAAACCAUUACACCCAAACAGUACUCCCCCAAUGAAAAAAACUCUCCUUCUCUUUGGAGCAUUGCUCCUCUUCCUCUCCUUUACCCCAACCAAUGCCCAUAACAUCACCAAAAUCUUGGCCAAAUUCCCUGAAUUCUCCACCUUCAACCACUACCUCACCCUCACCCACCUCGCUCCAGAUAUCAACAACCGUGAAACCAUCACCGUUCUCGCCCCUGACAAUGCCGCCAUGAACGUUCUUCUUGACAAACACCUCCCUAUCUCUGCCCUCAAAAACGUUCUUGCUCUCCACGUCCUUCUCGAUUACUUUGGUGCUAAGAAGCUCCACCAAAUCACGGACGGUACUGCCCUCGCCGCCACAAUGUACCAAGCCACCGGUUCCGCUCCUGGAACUACCGGCUUCGUCAACAUCACCGAUCUCAAAGGAGGCAAAGUUGGCUUCGCCGCCACUAAAGACGCAGACGAAAGCGGAAAUUUACCAUUAGAUGCUACAUUUGUCAAAUCAGUCAAGGAAAUUCCUUACAAUAUCUCCGUCAUUCAAAUCAGUCACGUCUUAUCAAAUCCCGAGGCGGAAGCACCAGCUCCAGCUCCUGAAGUACAAAACAUUACUGACGUUAUGUCAGCUCAUGGUUGCAAAGCAUUCGCUGAUACGCUCAUUCAGUACCCUGACUCACUAAGUACUUACACAAACUCACUCGAAGGCGGAUUAACCGUUUUCUGUCCUACUGACGACGCAUUCAAAGGUUUUCAACCUAAAUUCAAGAACUUAACCAAAGACGAAAAGAACUCUCUUCUACUCUACCAUGCAGUACCGAUUUACUACUCCAUGGCAAUGCUCAAAUCCAGUAACGGAUUAAUGAAUACUUUAGCUACCGAUGGAAAGAAGAAGUUCGAUUUCGAGGUACAAAACGAAGGAAGGUCAGUUACAUUGAAGACUAAGAUAGUUGUUGCUACGAUUACUGGAACUUUGUUGGAUGAAGAUCCGGUGGCGAUUUAUACGGUUGAUAAGGUUUUAAAGCCAAAGGAAAUAUUCAAGAAGUCGGAGAUUUCGCCGGCUCCGGCACCAGCACCAGAAGCUGAAGCGCCGAAGUCUUCAAAGAAAAAGAAGCAUCAUUCCCCUCCAGCGCCUCCGAGUGAUGAUUCAUCUGAUUCGUCAGCUUCUGUGCCGGAGUAUGGACCAUCGGCGUCUGAUGCGUUUGAUGAUGAGAAGAAUGACGGAGGAGAGAGAAUGCAGGGGAUAAAGAAGAAGAUGAUGGUGUCGGUGGGAUUUUGGUUGAUUGUUUUUACUUCACUGUUGUAGAUGAGGUAAAACGACAUAGUUUGGUUGAAGUGAAAGGAAAAAUAAAUUGAAGUAUUAAUUUGGGUAAAAAAAAAUGUGAAGGCACAAAGAAAAGAUAUGAGGAAAUUGUAAUAUGGUCAUAUGUGGUGAUGUGGAUUUAAUUAUUUAUUUAUGAUGUACUAAGUAUUGUGAAUGAGCCCAAAUUAUUGUCAUCUUAUGUGGGGUUUUUCUUUUAGAAUUUGUGUAACAACAUUUGUUUGUUGUCUGUGUCACUGUGUGUGAUGGUUUUUUUAAAAAAACAAGGGGAGGUUUAGGUUUUGUGGUUGUUUUAAAUAUUAUAUUUUGCUGUAUUUGAUUUUGCUUUUGGGAAAUUGUAGACACACAAAUUGAAGAUAAUUAUGGUGAAUGAGAUAUUCUGUUCAUUUUUUA